AAAGGAUAAAAUCCUUCUAUAUCGGAAUAACGUGACGUCACAUCAGCUGAUGAAGUCACGUGAAAAAAAGAGAGGAAACGCAUCAGAUGGGCUUCCUCAUCGGGCAAAACAAGUGAAAAUGACUACUAGCGCUCUGACACAGGGUCUGGAGAGGAUCCCUGAUCAACUGGGGUAUUUGGUGAUCAGUGAGGAUGGCGUAUUGGCAUCUGCGGGGGAGCUGGAGAAUGAUGAGCACACAGCUGGGGUCAUAAUGCAGAUGGUGCGGACAGCAUGUCGCUUCAGACUGCAGGGUGCUGCUGAGCCACCAUUCAAACGCAUGUCAGUCAUGCUAGAGGACUAUGUGUACACAGUGACCGUGUCUGGUCAGAAGGUGUUUGUGGUGAAACGUCAGAACAACAAGAGGGAACCUGUAGUGGUGUAGAACCAUGCAGUGAAGAUGGGUUGGGAGGACGAAGGACAUCACUCCAAUCAACUCACACAGGACAGGGACUCUGUAAUCCACUGAACUGUUUUGUUCCAUUCCUCGUUAUAUAAGGUUUUAGAACAACAGAAGAAAGCACAUAUGAAGUUACACUGAACAAAAAUAUUAAUACAACAUGUAACAAUUUCAAAGAUUUUACUGAGUUGAAGUUCAUAGAAGGAAAUCAGUCAAUUUAAAUAAAUUAAUU